AGCAGGCCGAGGGGGGGGGGGCCGCCGCGCCUGCCGCGCGAGCGGGAUGAGCGCCGUGUACCUGGAGCACCGCGACGCCCACCACGUGCCAGGCGCGCGCACCCCGGCCGAGGUGAUCACGGGCGCUGCCGCGCGCUCCCGCGGCCGAGGGCUGCGCAGGCGCUGGCGUCUUGCGACGCGGUGCUGAUCACGGCGGGCGCAGGCAUGGGCGUGGACAGCGGCAUGCCCGAUUUCCGCGGCUCCACGGGCCUCUGGAAAGACAGAUCGUUGGCCCUCACCUACGAGGAGAUGAGCGACGACAGGUGGUUCUCAGAGGACCCCCUGUUCGCGUGGGGGGUGAACUACACCCAGAUGAUGAUGUACAGGAACACCCGGCCACACGCAGGGUACGAUGUCCUGCUGCGGUGGGCGGAGUGGCUGCAGAAGCCCUACAUGGUUUUCACGUCCAACAUCGACUCCCACUUCGAGAAGGCUGGGUUCCCCGAGGACAAGGUGGUCGCGUGCCACGGGGACAUGCACCACCUGCAGUGCGUCGAUCGCCAGUGCCGCUCAGGGGAGCCCAGCGGCGAUGGCGACGUGUGGAGCGCAGACUGCAUCCCAGACGGGCUGGACGAGGAGGUAGACAAAGAUGCGCUUCGCUUCCGCAGCGAGUCGGCGUUGGACCUGCCAGCGUUCCACUGCCCGCGGUGCGGCAAGCUUUCUCGGCCCAACGUGUGGUUCUGCCAUGACAGGAACUACCAGGCGCGGAAGUCCGCAUCGGCGAGGAGGGACGCGUUCAACGAUUGGCUGGCGUCCCUGGCGGAGACCAAGAAGAAACUGGUCGUUGUCGAGUGUGGCGGCGGCAUGGCGAUCCCGACCGUGCGCGUGGAGUCAGAGGACGCCGUGGAGAACUCUGGCCCAGGAUCCUUGCUCUUGCGCCUCAAUCCGACCGACUGUAAGGUCCCCGCUGAACGCGGCGUCGGCAUCCCCUUGGGCGGCCGCGAAGGGCUCCUGCGCAUCGACGCCGCCCUGAAGACACGCGUGCGGCACCGGUGCAGCCCACAGCCGCCAGGGCACGAGGC